AUGUCAUUGACAGCUGUUAGUCAUGAGCAAGUUCAGGAUGAAUGUCUAUUACGCGAUAGCCAGCUACCAACCACUCUUCCAUCAAAAGCCAAUGUAUUGUCUGACGAUGCGAAGACACCAUUUCGAAGAAGCAAGAUUCCUUCGAAGAUCUUACAGUCGCCGUAUCUUUCAAACUUUGGGUCGAGUGAAAAGGAAAAGGAAAAUUUGUCAGCUGUUAUGCAUCAGACACACCCUUUUGAAGGUUUUGGUAUAUGCUAUCAUCCCCCAUCCGAGCUUGUCACAGACUACUCUCAAUGGAUAGAUAAAGGACUACUAAAAUCAUAUGGCAACAAGAAUUCGAAGGAGGAUCAUUACAGAUCUAAGUGCUCUUCAUUCGGCUUUGAAAAAAUGAACUUUGUAGUGGCAUUUCCUAAAGAUAAGAACUGGUUCUACCUAAUGUCACAGCCGAACAGAUGCUGGAACGAUGAGAAAUCGAAGAUGCAGUUGAGCAAUCAGUAUCGAUAUACAACGACAAACUACAUUUUCAAAAUUUACAUCGAAUAUGCACACACACGCUACUAUCACCUUCCACCUAACAUUUCUACACAAGAAGAUAUGGCAAGGUCCACUGUUACAGCUCAUCACGAGAGAUCCGUGAAGAACAUAAUAAGAGGUUUCUCAAUAUCAGCCGGGGAUUUUCAUUGGGUUCUUGCGGUAGUUAUGUUGAAAGAGAGGUUGAUACGUUUGUAUGAUUCAUCGCCUAGACGAAGAAGUAACAAUCAUUCCCUAGAGAUCCAAAAGAUAGCAGCAAUGCUACCAACAUACCUGCAAGACAGUGGUUUCUUUGACAACAACGAACGUACUGAUUGGUUGUCUCUUGAUUCAUACAAGGACAAAUCAAUCGGUAACAUGCUUGAACCACAUCACCCAUUUGCAGUUGAGUAUGUUGAAGGAAUUGCGCAACAGGGAAGUGACAGCUUGGAUUGUGGAGUUUUCCUGGCCAUUUGUGCUGAAUAUCUUAGUGAUGGAGUUUCUAUUCCAAAUACUGGACUAAACGCUAAAUUCUUCCAUUCAAGAUAUGUCGCACUCUUAUGGAGAUAUGGUUGUCAGAAGGCCAUGAAUGGUUAUGUUAGCGAUAACGACGAUCCAAAAAAACCUAGGAGAGACAUCUCUCCAAGCCAAGGAGAACUGAUUGAUGUCCAAUAG